CACAGGGCGCAGCUCCCCCCGGGAGCCAGGUGUUUGGGUCCCUGGAGACGGCGCCGGCCCCCGGGGAGGCAGUGGGGCCGAGGACCCUACAGACCCUUCUCCAGCCCCAUGGGAACCCUGACUCCCACCAACCCCAUCCACCUUCAGCCCCCCCAAGAUGGACUGAACCAGGUUCCUGGCCAGACGGACAAGCUGGAUGCCAAGGUGAUGACCCCCCCGUGAGGAAGCCCUGUAGUGCGACUAGAGGAAGGGGCUGCCCCCACCAGCCCCCCCCAAAACCCCGCCACCAUGAAUACCUCGGCCCCACCCGCUGUCAGCCCCAACAUCACCGUCCUGGCCCCGGGAAAGGGGCCCUGGCAAGUGGCCUUCAUUGGGAUCACCACAGGCCUCCUGUCCCUGGCCACGGUGACAGGCAACCUGCUGGUACUCAUCUCCUUCAAGGUCAACACUGAGCUCAAGACAGUCAACAACUACUUCCUGCUCAGCCUGGCCUGUGCUGACCUCAUCAUCGGUACCUUCUCCAUGAACCUCUACACCACGUAUCUGCUCAUGGGCCACUGGGCUCUGGGCACACUGGCCUGCGACCUCUGGCUGGCGCUGGACUACGUGGCGAGCAACGCGUCCGUCAUGAACCUGCUGCUCAUCAGUUUCGACCGCUACUUCUCCGUGACCCGGCCCCUGAGCUAUCGAGCCAAGCGCACACCCCGCCGGGCGGCGCUGAUGAUCGGCCUGGCCUGGCUGGUCUCCUUCAUCCUGUGGGCCCCGGCCAUUCUUUUCUGGCAGUACCUGGUAGGGGAGCGGACGGUCCUGGCCGGCCAGUGCUACAUCCAGUUCCUGUCCCAGCCCAUCAUCACCUUCGGCACGGCCAUGGCCGCCUUCUACCUCCCCGUCACGGUCAUGUGCACGCUCUACUGGCGCAUCUACCGGGAGACGGAGAACCGGGCCCGGGAGCUGGCGGCCCUGCAGGGCUCCGAGACACCCGGUAAGGGGGGCGGCAGCAGCAGCAGCUCCGAGCGGUCCCAGCGGGGGACUGAGGGCUCCCCGGAGACCCCUCCGGGCCGCUGCUGCCGCUGCUGCCGGGCACCCAGGCUGCUGCAGGCCUACAGCUGGAAAGAAGAUGAAGAAGAGGACGAAGGCUCCAUGGAGUCGCUCACGUCCUCGGAGGGUGAGGAGCCUGGCUCUGAGGUGGUGAUCAAGAUGCCCAUGGUGGACCCCGAGGCGCAGGCCCCCGCCAAGCAGCCCCCCCGGAGCUCCCCCAACACGGUCAAGAGGCCAACCCGGAAAGGGCGUGAGCGAGCGGGCAAGGGCCAGAAGCCCCGAGGGAAGGAUCAGCUGGCCAAGCGGAAGACCUUCUCGCUGGUCAAGGAGAAGAAGGCGGCGCGGACCCUGAGUGCCAUUCUGCUGGCCUUCAUCCUCACCUGGACGCCAUACAACAUCAUGGUGCUGGUGUCCACUUUCUGCAAGAACUGUGUCCCCGAGACCCUGUGGGAGCUGGGCUACUGGCUGUGUUACGUCAACAGCACCAUCAACCCCAUGUGCUACGCGCUCUGCAACAAAGCCUUCCGGGACACCUUCCGCCUGUUACUGCUUUGCCGCUGGGACAAGCGUCGCUGGCGCAAGAUCCCCAAGCGCCCCGGCUCUGUGCACCGCACCCCCUCCCGCCAAUGCUGAUGGCCGCUCACCUGCAUCCCGCCGCCCCAGUCCCCGGGAGGGCCGGGUAGGACGCGGGCAGGGACUGUGACCUCAGACUCAGGGCCCUGCUCUGUCCUCACCAGGCUUCGGGGCGGGGGGACCCCCUAGGUCACCUUCCUGGACAGCCAAACUUCGCUCUUCCCAGGCAGGGAACAAACCCAACCCGGGGAACUGGUUUUUCCGUUCCCUGCUGGGUGGGAAUGGGCUCUUCACCAGGAAGAAGGCCCGGGGUGGAGGAUUCAAGCUCUGGAUCCCUUGUUUGCCUUCAGGCAGGAAUCUGUGGGGAGCCAGCAGCAGGACCGGGCCAGGAGA